AUGGUAGACUGCAACCCGAGCAAGUAUCUAAUGGAAGCAAAGUUGCAGCUUGGAAAGGAUGCGGAAGGAAUCCUUGUGAAUCCCACCAAGUAUAGGCGUGUCAUCGGGUGUCUCAGGUACCUGACCCAUACUCGACCUGAUAUCUCAUACGCAGUUGGCAUGGUGAGUCGUUACAUGAAGCAGUCUACCACUUUACAACAGCAGACGGUGAAGCAUAUUCUUCAUUACGUGAAGGGAACAAUGAGCUACGAGAUUCAGUACAAAAGAGGACAAGGAGCUGAAGAACUCGUCGGUUUUACUAACAGUGAUAUGAAAAGCACCGGAGGGAUGGCGUUUUAUCUCAACGGAAACCUAAUCACUUGGUAA